UGUUGUUGUUAAAAAUAGCUUUGUUUCGCUAUGGCAUUUCGGCGGCUGAGCCCCAGUAUGCGGGUUGCUUAGCGGGAAUUUCAGUAUUGUCCCUAACCCCCAAAUUCUACCAAAUUCAUGAUUAAUUCCUCUGAGACUGAAUAGGUUUCAAUGGAAGCAUCAACUCCUGCCAAUUCUCCGAUUAUUAGACCUAUAAACAAAGGCGUGGUGCACAGAAUCUGCGCCGGCCAAGUGAUCUUAGACCUUUCAUCGGCCGUGAAGGAGUUGGUUGAAAACAGCUUAGACGCUGGCGCCACAAGCAUUGAAAUUUCUUUGAAAGAAUACGGCGAGGAGUGGUUCCAAGUCCUCGAUAAUGGUUGUGGCAUUUCUCCGAAUAAUUUCAAGGUUCUUGCACUCAAGCAUCAUACUUCUAAAUUGGCGGAUUUUCCUGAUCUUCAAUGUUUGACCACAUUUGGUUUCAGAGGGGAGGCGUUGAGUUCACUUUGUGCAUUAGGAGAUCUGAGUGUCGAAACAAGAACCAAAAAUGAGUCAGUAGCAGCACACUUGACUUUUGAUCAUUCAGGUUUACUAACUGCUGAAAGAAAAACAGCACGUCAAGUUGGCACAACUGUCACUGUUAAGAAGUUGUUCUCCAACUUACCUGUGCGAAGCAAAGAAUUUAGACGCAACAUUCGCAAGGAGUAUGGAAAGCUUAUUUCUUUAUUGAAUGCCUAUGCACUUAUUGCAAAAGGUGUCCGGUUAGUCUGCUCCAAUACAACUGGUAAAAAUGCUAAGUCUGUUGUACUUAAAACACAAGGAAGUGAUUCCCUUAAAGGUAACAUUAUAACAGUAUUUGGCAUGAACACUUUCAACUGCUUAGAGCCUGUUAACAUAUGCAUAUCAGACAAUUGCAUGGUUGAUGGAUUCCUUUCUAAGCCUGGACAAGGCAGUGGCCGCAAUUUGGGUGAUAGGCAAUACUAUUUUGUAAAUGGUCGACCAGUGGAUAUGCCUAAAGUCAGCAAGCUUGUGAAUGAGUUAUAUAGAGGUGCAAACUCCCGCCAAUAUCCCAUUGCAAUUAUGAAUUUUGUGGUUCCGACCAGAGCAUGUGAUGUGAAUAUAACUCCAGAUAAAAGAAAAAUAUUCUUUUCUGAUGAGAGCUCUAUAUUGCUAGCUUUAAGGGAGGGUUUGCAGAAGAUUUAUUCCCCAAGUAAUACCUCUUAUUAUACUAUCAAUAAAUUUGAUGAGCAUAUGAAGGUCACUGAUAGGUCGCAGUUAUAUUCUCCUCGUGAGAAAUCUCAUAUGUUGUCAAAACAGUUAUCUGCAAUUGGCAAUGACUGUAAAGAAAUUCACACAGCGAACUCUACAGUGGAGGGCUGUAAUCUUGAGAUCAAAUCUCAGCAUUUGGUUGUUGGAGAAAAUGAUAAAAAGGACUCAGUAAAGGACUUCACUCUUAGAGGACAUGGCAUUAAGAAGGCUUAUAGUUUUAUGGAAAGUAAAAACAGGCAACUACCAACUUUUCAUGAUAGUAAAAAUCCUCCAUCUUCUUCAAGAGUGUUUGAAAAAGAUAUCGCUGAAAAUAGAGAUUCUAAUCGUUUGUCUCAUUGUGUUCAGUCAACAAUUAGAGACUUUGUAACUAUAAGUAAGAGAAAGCAUGAAGAUAUUAGUACAACGUUAUCAGAAAUUCCUGUCCUAAGAAAUCAAACUCUUCAAAGUCCAUUGAAGAAAAACAAUUCUGAGACAAAUGCUGUGGUUAAAAGUUGUCCACUUAACCAUCACCCCAGUGAAGAUUCUACUAAGGCAAGUGAGAUUGAACCAUCCAAGUUUUCUCGAACAGAAGUUAUCUUCAACAAAAUCAGAAAUUCACUUUCUUAUAGAGGGAAGACCAAUGAUGGGAAACCUGAGGAGGAUGAAAAAGAGGUACCAACUGUGGCUGAUGUCCUACCAAUCACAUCUGGCGAGGAUCUUGAGAAAAUAUCUGAGCAUCCUGCAAGUGAAGAAAAGACAUUGCCUCUUGCUGAUGAUGAGUUAACAUAUUCUCUCAGUAGGGGCCUUGAAGAAAUGUCUGGGAACCUUCUGGUUGCAACUUCUCCAUGUCAGUCUUCUGAUUCUGCUUUAGAUGUUCCAAAGCCUUCAGCUGAAAAGAUAUGCUCGACCUUGCAAUUCAGUAUUCAGGAACUAAUGGCAAAAAGACACCAGAGGCUGUCAAGAUUACAAUUCAACGGUCCCACAUCUAGAGACAUGAAGAUGAAAAGACAUAGCGUCUAUGCUGCUUCAACAUUAGAGCUUUCCCAACCAGAUAAUGAGGAGCGAAAAGCUAGGGCUUUUGCUGCAGCUACUAAGGAGUUAGAAAGACUUUUCAAAAAACAAGACUUUGGAAGAAUGAAGGUGAUUGGCCAAUUUAAUCUUGGAUUCAUUAUUGGGAAGUUAGAUCAAGAUUUGUUUAUUGUGGAUCAGCAUGCUGCUGAUGAGAAAUACAAUUUUGAGCGACUGUGUCAAUCAACAAUCUUGAAUCAACAGCCUUUGCUGCGGUCAUUGAGAUUGGAGUUAUCUGCAGAGGAAGAAGUAGUUGCUUCAAUGAACAUGGAUGUAAUCAGGAAGAAUGGAUUUACUUUGGAAGAGGAUCCACAUGCACCUCCUGGUCACCGAUUUAAACUAAAAGCUGUUCCCUUUAGUAAGAACAUAACUUUUGGAGUUGAAGAUGUGAAGGACUUGAUCUCAACUCUAGCUGAUAGUCAAGGGGACUGCUCAAUAAUUGGUAGUUACAAAAUGGACACUCCUGAUUCUGUCUGCCCAUCAAGAGUCCGUGCAAUGCUGGCGUCACGCGCAUGCAGAUCAUCUGUUAUGAUUGGAGAUGCCCUUGGAAGGAAUGAAAUGCAGAAGAUACUUGAACACUUGGCGGAGCUGAGAUCACCUUGGAAUUGUCCACAUGGAAGGCCGACCAUGCGCCAUUUGGUAGACAUGAUGACCGUUUACGAAACAUCAGAUGAAAAUGAUUCAAGCUUGUGAUGGACCUUGAAAUGGCAGAUGCUAACCAGAUAUUCUCUUUAACUGACCCUUUAUAUGUUUGUAAAGCAUGCAACGGUUUUUAUGACAAGGUCCAACAACCGUGGAAAAUCUGGAUGGGAUCCGCUGUGGAUUUUGUGCAUCAAUUUUUUGUCUGUAAAUUAACCCUAGAAUCUGGGAAGCUAAGCUGCAUUAUGAUAACCAUUCAUCUUGCACUAAUGUAACAUCAGUGAUGUAUUGCGAAGAGGUUGACAGCCUCACCUCUUCAAAUGUAUAAAUUAUGAACCGGUUUCAGCUGAA